AUGUCCGGCCUUAAAGUCUCAGGCUCUUGGGCCGGACCCGCUGGGCGGCAACUUGACGCGGAGCCCACGGUGGGAGGAUGUGAGCUCACAGCCCGGGAUUACUGGCGGGCAGGCGGCCUCAUCCUAGGGGCGCACGGUUUCGGCUUGCAAGCCAGCAGAGAGGAGAGGCGCCCCGGCGACGCGCUGAGAAUAUGAGGCUCUGGCCUCCACUGGCCACUCUCUUGUGACCCUUCCACCACGGCGGAGCCUUCCAAGCCAACCUCCUGCCGUGUGGUGAUCUACCUGCAGCGGGAGAUGUCAGGGGAUACCUGUCUGUGCCCAGCCUCAGGGGCCAAGCCCAAGCUAAGCGGCUUCAAGGGAGGAAGCCUGGGCAACAAAUACGUCCAGCUCAAUGUGGGUGGUUCCCUGUACUAUACCACUGUGCGGGCACUAACCAGGCAUGACACCAUGCUCAAGGCCAUGUUCAGCGGGCGCAUGGAGGUGCUGACCGACAAAGAAGGCUGGAUCCUCAUAGACCGAUGUGGAAAGCACUUUGGCACCAUUUUGAAUUACCUCCGUGACGACACUAUCAUCCUCCCUCAAAACCGGCAAGAAAUCAAGGAACUGAUGGCUGAAGCGAAAUAUUACCUCAUUCAGGGGCUGGUGAAUAUGUGCCAGACUGCCCUGCAGGACAAGAAGGACUCCUACCAGCCUGUGUGUAACAUCCCCAUUAUCACAUCCCUGAAGGAGGAGGAGAGGCUCAUUGAAUCUUCUACCAAGCCCGUGGUGAAGCUGCUGUACAAUAGAAGCAACAACAAGUAUUCCUACACCAGCAACUCCGAUGACCACCUACUGAAAAACAUCGAGCUGUUUGACAAGCUCUCCCUGCGCUUUAAUGGCCGUGUGCUCUUCAUCAAGGACGUCAUUGGCGAUGAGAUCUGCUGCUGGUCCUUCUAUGGCCAGGGUCGUAAGCUGGCGGAGGUGUGCUGCACCUCCAUUGUGUAUGCCACGGAGAAGAAGCAGACCAAGGUGGAAUUCCCAGAGGCCCGAAUCUAUGAGGAGACGCUCAACGUCCUACUCUACGAGACCCCCCGAGUCCCUGACAACUCCUUGUUGGAGGCCACAAGUCGUAGCCGCAGCCAGGCUUCCCCCAGUGAAGACGAGGAGUCCUUUGAACUGCGGGACCGUGUCCGCCGCAUCCAUGUCAAGCGCUAUAGCACUUACGAUGACCGGCAGCUCGGCCACCAGUCUGCCCAUCGCGACUGACAAGACCUUCAGGAAGGCAGGGCACAGGACACCUUGUCUCCCCUCCAGAGGAAUCCUGCCCCAUUGGCCACCCCACACUGCUGCUGGCUGGGUCUCUGCUCCAGCACCCAGAGGCAUGACAGGCCCUGCCUGGGAGGUCAGAGGGCCUGAGCAGACGAGGGGCCACAUUCCUUUGCUCUGCUGCCUGAGCACUUCAAGAUGGCCCCUUUGCUCAGCAUCUCCCUCCCUGUCUGACAGAGCCACUUCUGUCCCUGGGGUGAGUGGACUGACCUGUCCACCUCUUAAGAGCAUUCCCCUGGGCCCUUUGCUGAAGGGCUACUUUUAGGCCUCAGCUGAUGCCCGUGGAGAAUGGGUUCAUUCUGUGGAGAAGGUGGCUGCUGGUGCUAUGGAGGCCAUUUCUUAGAAGGUGGGGCUCCUUUUUUUCCUGUGUUUAAGCACAGGCUUGAUGAGUUUGGUUUUUUAAAAAUAAUAUAGGAUAUGAAGUGACAGGUCUAAUAAGGGAACUUGGUAUUUCUGCUACCCCUCCAGGGUGCCAAGACCCUGGGUAAGGCAGAAUCCUGGGUCCUUCUCAAUGCCUUUGGGAUCUAUUUCUUUAAAGCACUUUGUACUUUUGUUCAGAUUUGUAUUCUUCCCUGACCCAUGCUGUCUUUUUCUGACCCCAAUCCCCUCUUCCCUGCAGAAUCAAUCUGAGGAAGGGGAUAGAAGCA